UUUUUGGCUGGCUAGCUUUGGGGCCAGGCCGCACCGUGAUCUGGACCGUUGUCGUCGUUUUGCACUGCAAUUCUUGCGCGUGUCGCAGUCGAGUGACAUUGGGCAUCUAUAACUAUUCACGAUCUACAGGCUGCCUCUCUUGCGCGUUUAGGGUUGCGAUUGCAAUCUAUAUUCACGAUCAGUGGAUCCCUUGGCUGGCGCACGACGUCUAUGGCCGUGCCCACAAGUCGACGCGCGGCGCUCGCGCGGCUCAUCGGCUGGGCCGCAUUGCUCGUCGCGCAUGCGAACGAGGACACCAUACGACUCCGAAGCGGUCUGCGCAUGCCCGCGAACGGCCUCGGCACGUGCUGUCGAAAAACGGCCCGCGGCCAGCCCAUCAUCGAUGCGACGAAGGAGUACCUCCGAGUGGGCGGUCGCCUCAUCGACACGGCGAUGGCGUACCGCAACCACGAGGAGAUCGGCGAGGCCCUGCGCGCGUCGGGCGUCAAGCGGGAGGACGUCUGGAUCACGUCCAAGCUCGCAAGCGGCACCGUGAACAGCUACGCCAAGGGCCUCGCGGCCGUCGACAACAUCCUGCAGGAGAUCGGUACAACCUACCUGGACCUCGUCCUCAUCCACAGCCCCAAAAUGGGUAAAGAAAAGGCCAUAGCGGUCUGGAAGGCGCUCAUCGACGCGAGGAAGGCAGGUAAGGCGCAGUGACCUUGACGCCAUCGACGCGUCGUCGUGACUGGUUGAUGUGCGCACAGGCAAGGUGCGCGCCAUCGGCGUCAGCAAUUUCAACGCCGGCGAGAUCAAUGAUCUCGUGGAGGCCACGGGCGAGCUGCCCGAGGUGAACCAAAUUCAAUACCACCCGUGGAGCUCGGCAGCGUGGCACGCCGCCGUCGCGGCCUGGGCGGGCCAGGGUGUUGUCGUCACUGCAUACAACUCGCUCGGCGGCGCCCGCUUUUCCACCAACGACCUCGCCGGGAGCGCCGUCGCACGCAUCGCGCGCGAGCGUGGUGUUUCAGUCAAUUCCGUGCUAUUGGCGUGGGCGCGUGCCAAGGGCUGCGCCGUGAUCCCCGGUUCCUCGACGCCGGCGCACAUCGCCGAGAACCUCCAGACACUCGAACAAUUGACGCCGAGCGAAGUUUCCCGUAUCGACGCGUCCGCCGCGCCGGACGGCUGGUGGAGCCCGCGCGGUCCGAACAAGUACGGCGACGACGAGGCGCGGACGCCGUGGCGCGACGCCGCCCCGGCGAAGAAGCGGCGGCGGCACCACCGCAUGGAGCAUUAAUAUUGUGAUACUGUA